AUGUCAACAUCUUUACACAAGAUGGCGUUUCUGUCUGUAAUUUUGGCGGUUACGCGUAAGUUGUUGAACACGUAGUAUGUUCUAUUCUAUUUCUGUGUAAGAGAUGUUAUGAUAACUCAUUAACGACAAAUCUUAAAUUAUUAAUUUCAUAUUUCAUGUAAAUUGUUACAUUUAACUGAUAUAUUAGAAAAUCAUUGACACAUACGGUACGUUUCUUUUCAGCGCGUCUUCACAAGAAUCUGCUACUAAUUUCACUGAACGUUCCAAAACUCCCUCCACUAGUGAUGAGGAGAUAUGUUCAUAAAUCUACAAAAUUCUGUCCUUUUAAUCUACGAUUAAGUUAAAUAUCUAUAUGAAAUAUUUAUAUAAUUAUCUUUAUUUCUGUCUUUUAUUCCACAAUUAAUGUAAAAAUAAAUGUAUGUUAUGCUAUGAGUGAAUAAGAGGAAAUUAAAAUCUACUCAUUACAUACAUUAUUCUUGACUUGUAGUAUUCACCAAUAAUAUUCAGUAUUUUAUACAUUUUCCUAGAAAUAUUUUUUUGUCGUAAAAUAUGUGUAAUAUUAAAAUUUAUAAUUAUUUAUUUGAGAUGAUGAGACACUGUUAUUAAAUAGCAUUUAUAGAGAAUUUAUUUCUAGAAUAUAUUUAUAAUAUAGAACAUACAUAUGUAUUUCAUUCAUACAAUUACGUAGUAAUAUUUUCAAUAGCACUAAUAGCUUUUAAUAAUGUUUUCAUAAAUUGAAAUAAAAACUUUUGUUAUGUAACUUCAUAUUUAGGAGAUUUACUUUAAAUAGGAUAAUAUUAUUGCAUAAAGAUUAAGGUAUUGAAUUGGCAACAAUAUUAACCAAAAAAUUGACAUAAACACGUGAUGAUUUCUUAAAAGUUUCUUUAUCUUUUUUUUAAAUAUAUGUACAAAUUUUUAUUGUUUAUAUAAGAUACAUAGUUUAAAUAACAAUUCUGUUUUCUUCAAAUGGAAGAUAAAAUACAGAUUUACACUUAUGCUUUUAAAUAUGUAUAUAUUGUAUGUACCACUUUUUGUUACAGAAAUGGGAAAGGUAUAUUCUUAUAUUACACGGCCAAUUCGUUCAUUUAACAUUGAAAAUCGUACAGCACAUAUUCUUGAAAGGAAGAAACCAAUUCCUGCUCCUCAAUAUCCAUCAGUAGAAAAACAAAAAGAGCUAAUUACACCAACGAAACAAUCACAUAGACCAUUACCACAGGAUAGAAGUCAAUAUUCCUUAGAUGAAAUUUCUAAAUCAAUUGUACCUGUUAGAGGUAAAUGUACUAUAAAUCAGAUAAUAGAAUUUAUAACUAAGCAUGAAGAAAAUGAAGUCAAAUAUUCUAUAGAAAAAAUAUCUCAAGACUACAAAAUAGAUAAAAAAACAGUAGAAAAUAUUUUACAAAAUUUUAAACUUUUUCAUCAUUUAAACGAAGAAACUCCAUUGAUGCUAGAUGAUAAGAAAAAAAAAUGAUUUUGUAAAAUGUAGUUAAGAGAACAUGUAGAUAAUAAAAAAAUAAUUUAUUGAAAAUAAUAAUAAUUUAUUAAGGAUUAGUUACCUUAAUUUAAUUUUACUUUAAUAUUUAAUGUUUUGGCUACUAAACAUUUUAGCAAUUUAAUACAGUAAUAGAAGGAAAAGAAACAAUGAAAAUGAAAAAAUG